GGCACUUCAUAUACCUACACCACCAUUAUUGCUCACCUCUCCAUAUUCUCGCGCUACCUGGUUGUAAAGCGUCAAUAUUUAUUUCACAGGGUCAUUCCAGCAAUCAACACGACCGAACGAUCUAGCUGAACGUGUAGACAACCUGUAUGGCAACACUACCAAGAGUAUCCAAGUCUCCUGUGACGAGUUCUUUUCUCUCCCGUCCACAAUCCGAGUUCGACACUGGUGUCAACACGUCAACUGCGUGGACCGAGCAUCUUGAAUUGGGAUCUGCUCCUCCUUCUGACGAUGAACUAGAUGGUGAAGAGAGUCACCGUCCAGCACGGGCGCUGUAUGACUUUGAAGGAAAGGCUGAGUUCAGAGAACUCUCGGUUGACGCUGGCGAUGAGCUUGCAGUCGUCAAAGAAGAUCUGGCAGAUGGGUGGAGUUUAGUGAAGGACGCAUCGGGGGAGAUGGGCCUCUUGCCCCGGUCGUAUUAUACGUUUACAUCAGAGUUCACUUCAGCUCCCGACCUUGACAUCUCUCAGUCCCACCGUAGGGAAGCUUCAUCAAGCACCAUUACUCCUCGAAAAUCACCCAGAACCUCACAAGACAAUGAUCAGCCUAUUAUUCCCCAACAUACCGGAGACUGGGUCUUCCCAAGCUUCCGUCAGAGUCUUCUGGGAGGCAAGAGCCUCAACAGAUUUUCUAGUUUUGUAACUAGCGGGGCAGAGGAGUGGGUUCUCAAGGGUACAGCAGCAGAUGCCGUUGUCACGGAGGCUUCAUCCCAUAAUAGGCUGACCAGCAUCGAUUCAGAAGAAGGGAACGACGAUUCAGAAGAGCCAGGAAAUCGACUGAGCAGGGUAGAACAAGGAGACGUUGAUCGACACUUUGUCGAUGCUGGGUAUACAUGGAAGGAGAAACUUCCACCGUUUCGUGUCCUCGUCCACUCCCCGUCUAAACGCACCUCCUCGCUUUCCGGGGCAUUCACAGUGUAUAACGUGACCUCCCUGUUUCAUCCUCAAAGAGAUUCUGAUACGCCGCCAGGGUCACCGACACGGAUAACUGUGCAAAGAAGGUAUUCACAGUUUGUUAUUCUUCAUACGGCUCUGGCGAGGCGUCUUCCUGGAAUCGCGCUACCACCGCUUCCAGAAAAGCAAUAUGCCGGCAGGUUCAGUGAGGAAUUUGUGGAGGCGCGUCGCGGGGACCUUGAGAGAUAUAUCGGACGCGUGGUUCGCCAUCCCGUGGCAAGGUAUGCGGAGGUAGUAACCUUCUUUUUGGGAUGCGAAAGUGACAUUGAAUGGAAACGGCUAAUACCUCAACAUCUGUCGAUGCCUCCCGCAGGUUCAUCAUUCUACGCUCAUGUAUAUCACCCCGCAUUUAAUCUCGACCUUGAGGACGCGGAAGAAGCUGUUAGCCGAUUUGAAACUCACACGCGAGCUGUUGGGAAAGGCGUACAAGGCCUUAGGAAUAUAUUUGGUCGUGUUCGUGAAGCUCGGAUUGAAAUGUCGAAAGCGGAACGAUUGCUGUCAUAUUCUUUACUAUCGCUGAUAACUUCUAAGCCUCUCGCUUCAGCGCCUACUACAGGCACCGUCGAAGAGGACAAUCACUAUAAUACGAAAGAUGCAGGCCUCAUGAACGAGGAUGGCGCGUGGUGCUGGCGCGAAGGGUGCAAUAAUUGCCUUAAGCUUACUAAAGCCAUGCAGAAAACAUCCGAGGCUCUUCAAAACAUUGGAGAUCUUUAUGAUGAUCAUGCACGCAGGAGACAGCUAGCCACACACGAGUCACUCAAAGCCGUUUCGCACCCAUCGUCGAUAUAUGAAGGUGUGGUCAGCACACACAAAUCUACACUAACGCGGUAUCGAGAAUGCACGAAGGAAAUUCAUGCCGACGAAGAUAUGGCUGCGCGCUGCGAAACUGUGCUGAACACUACUAUGGCGGAAAUGGAAACCUUCCACACACAAAAGAAUGAAGACUUUUCUACACUUACCAAGGACCACCUGGAUGGGGAGAUCGAAUUCUAUGAGCAGGUAUUACACCGGCUUCGCGCAGCUCGGAAAUGCUUCGACGAGCCCCAAUAUGAGGCACUUGCUAUGUCUCCGCGUCAGCCCUCCAUAUACGAACGUGAAUUGGAGAAUCCUCGGUUAGGUUCUCCUCCGCUGUUGCAACCAUGCCCACACGUGUUUGAUUCUGCACCAAUGCGACCGGUCAGUGUUGCCAUCCAGGAAGGGGUUGGCAUGAUACUUGGUCCUAGGGGAAGCGUGUUUGGUAAAUUUUGGUGAUGCAUUAUCCUAUUUCCUUCUUCAUGACGUGACACGAAUCUUACGCAAAUUGUAUGUUGUAUUAUAUUGUUUUCAGUAGUAGUAAUCAGACGCGGAAGUCUUGGAUUGUAUAUGUCGUAGUCUACGCCGUGCGUUGGGGACUGAGAGGACCGGCAACCGAGCGAACUUGUUCGACGAUCCAGAUCUCGCCCAGUGCAGUCUUUGUUUUCGGAGUGCGAGGAACGCAUUUCUCGAGAAACUGGAUACGCCGGCUUCUUGUGGAGAAGCCGGUCAG